UGGAGAGAAACUGUCCAGUCUUCUGGCCGACAUGGAUCAAAUCCUCAGCGCCAACGAUCGUUUCUUGGUGGGUCGCUGGAUUGAGGACGCUCGCUCCUGGGGCUCGGAUGACAGUGAGAAAACCCUGCUGGAGUAUAACGCCAGGAACCAGAUCACUCUGUGGGGACCUGAUGGGGAGAUCCGGGACUACGCCUCCAAGCAGUGGGCUGGUGUCGUUGCAGGGUAUUAUAAACCUCGUUGGGAAUUUUAUGCUUCCUGGCUGGUGGAGUGCAUACAAAAUGCAAUCCUGUUGAGAUCUCCAGGGCACUUUUCUCCAAGUACCUACCAGUACUGCAGCAUCCUUUCUUUGAUAAACUAUGGCAGCAGGCACAAAGCAAAGGAAAAUCUCAUACACAACCAGAAAGGUUGUACAGAAGGAGAAUGAAGCAGUUUUAAAGUGAAGUAAAAAAUGAAGAAAAAAGGGGCAAUCUUGAAUACAUG